AGAAUUUACUCAACUGGUACACUGAGAGAAGAAAAGCAAAGAUUCUGAAAUGGAAAAGUUCAGCAUCUGUACUCCAAUUGAACGCAGCAGUAGUGCCUCUGUGUGAUAGGUGUCUAGAGAUGCGAAGAGGUAAUAUAACCCGGAGAACGGUAACGAGAAUGAGAAUAUAACCGACCAAAAUUCUCCAAGAGAAUUUAUGAGAAUUUUUGUGUUUGUGUACGAUACAUAGUUUCUAUAGUUUAUCUCGUUUAUGUGAUUGGAUAAUUCGUUGGUUUCCCUCAUUUUCGUCUGCUAUUUUCAUGUGAAUAGAAAUAAUAGAAUUUACAUGUGAACUGCGCUUUUAUUAAUGGAAUGGUUAAAAAAAUAAGUCGAACGGAAACAUGACUAAACCGAAGAACAAUGUUUGGGAUUAUUUUAGACCAAAAAAAAAUAUAAAUGGAAACCUUGAAGGUUAUGCCUGCAUAUUUUGUGAUAUUUUAUAUCAGAAAAAUGCUACAAGACAAAAAAAACAUUUAAAUAAAUGUUCGAAAUGUCAGGAAGACAUUAAAAAAAUAUUCAACGUUGGAUUAGAAACUAACAAAUCUAAAAGUGAUAUGUCUUACUUCUUCAGUGUUGAAUCAUCAGAUAAUGCCCUUACCACGGAAAAUGAGGACGAUCAAAUUUUGCAAGUUUCUGGCGAUAAUAUUAUAUCUACAAAGAGUAAAGACAAAAUGAUUGGUUCAAAUCAACCUAAGCUGUUCACUGUGAAAAACUAUCACGAUUCAAUUACAUCAAAUGAACAGAAUGAGCUUGAUGAACAUUUUGCAAGAGCUAUUUAUAGUUCUGGGACGCCUUUGAGUUUAUUUGAAAAUAAAUACUGGGGAGAUUUUUUAAAAAAAUUGCGACCAGCUUGGAAAAAACCUUCGAGACACAAAUUGAGUGAACCUCUAUUAAAAACGGAGUUUAGAAUUGUUCAACAAGAUAUUUUUACAAAAGUAGCAGAAGCAAGUGUAGUUGGAAUACAAUGCAAUGGGUGGUCUAAUAGAAGGAAUGAAUCUAUAAUUAACGUCAUUGUUACUACUCUGGAGCCUGUUUUUAUGAGACCUACGACACAAAAGAUGAUUCUCAUACAGGAGAAUAUAUGGCAGAUCUUAUUCUGCAAGUGGCAGAUAAAAUCGGCAAUGAAAAAGUGUUAUCGGUCUUAACAGAUAAUGCAGCCGCUAUGAUAAAAGCAAGAAAACUAAUUAAGGGGUUACACCACCCUGAACGCCUAA